GAGCGUAUGUACAGCGCUCUAACGCUGGAAUAAAGUCUAUAAUUGGACACAUAUUGCAAGGGAGAAUUGGCUAAACCGAGAAAAAAAUGUGACACUGUGAAAAUCGUGAAAUGAACACGACCCUAAUCCGGUUGUCUAGGAAACGAAUUGCAGAGAAAGUGAUGGAUCGUAAUGGAGUCUGUUGUUUUUCACAGAAAAGGUAGCUGAAACAAGACUUUUGUAUGAAAAUUGAUGAGAGUUCAAAAGCGUUUUCUGAAGAAAGUGAUGGACUUAUCGGCUGUUUAUAUAUAUAUAUGUCUAUCAUUAAUCGUGAUAUAUGGUUGUAUUGGUGAAAUUGGAAACUCAAGGAAGGUCAUUUCAUCGUUGAUAGUUAUCGAUGUACGAUAUAUUUUAGAGCUAGUUGAUGCUCUACAAUACAAACGAGGAAGGCUUCUAUAAUAUGAAAAAAAUAAUGGUCAACAAAUACUUCAACAAGUGGAUUGCAAAAGAAAGUACUUUUGUAACGGUGUAUAAUGUUAUGUAAUCGAAAUAUAGUGGAAUAUAAAAGCGGUAACAACAUUUUUAUAACAACGUAUGUGAAUACAAGAGUAGUCGGGAAGUUUACACAUGGCUGUAAAAGCAAUAGAAUUAAAUCUGGAAAGCGAUGACCUUGUGUUUUAUUCUGGGCAGAGAGUCAAAGGCGCUCUUAUAGUCCAGAUAUCGUUACCAAUCAUCAUAGCAGGUAUCGAGGUGCGUUUCCGGGGUGCGGCGAGGGCCAAGUGGAACGAGUCUGUACAGAACGGCACACACCGCACAGACAUCGAGCAUGAGAAGGAGGAGAUCUACUUCGACGACAGGUUUUGUUUGUGGGGAAAAGUGAGCAGCUCCAAUCGCUGGGAGACGCGUGAGACACUUCAGAGAGGCCGGCACGCCUUCCCCUUUCAGUACCGGGUACCCGGGGCCAUACCCUGCUCCUUUGAAGGUCCAGACGCUCACGUGCGUUACACUGUCCAAGGAAUAAUCGUCCGCUAUGACGGGGAGCAUAUCACAACGCGCAAGCUAAUCACGGUGCUCAGGGAAUUUGAUCCUCGGAGAGACCAUCCCGACAAACUGGCGAUACCGCCGGAGCAGCCUCUAGAGGACCAAGCCGAGCGGGCAAUCAGCUCCGUUUGCUGUCGCCCGGGCCGCGUCUCGUGCUCCCUGGCGCUCUACAAGCGUGCCUUCGUUCCCGGAGAAACACUGCGCGCGGACAUUCAUGUGCAGAACUCGUCGUUCCGGAAGUCGGGCCUUGUUUCUGUACAACUCAAACAGAUGCUGAUGUACGGCGGUGUUCACACGCGGACGCUGUUGCUGAGCGACAUCAAGGUGACCGACAGCCUGCGUCCCGGUCAGUCCCGCCAGUGGAAGGACUACCCCCUGCGUCUGCCGUCCACUUGCCCCUCCAAACUGUUCAUGUGCAAGGUGCUAGACAUCAAAUACUGCAUCGCUAUUGAAGCGACGUUUCCCGAUGCCGUUCUCUACGCCGCUGUGCCUAUCACUAUAGCAACCGUUCCCGAGCAAGCGUAUUGUCCGGUAAAAUGGGUCUAUAAAGUUAACGAACGUCCAAUCCAACAGAACGGCGACACUUACGACUCUUUCAUCCACGGGUGCUCCACGAACGCGGACAUGGAAUUCAGGCCCAAGUACAAGUUCUACGAGGACAUGAAAGACAUUCGCAAGGACCGAGAGAUCGUCCUCAGACUCCGCCAGAGUCCUGGCGUGAAACGGCGUCGUGAGAAGGGCAAGAUUUCCGGGCCCCAGAAACCCGCCGUCGUAAGGAUGUUACCCGACGAGCGAACUCAUUUUAAUUCAUACGCGUGAUUAUAAUGAAAUUUAGCUGUAAAAUAGUGUUCUUUUGUUUGAAAAAGAAAGUAUAAAAUACGAGGUAUAAUCAAGAAAUAAUUCGUCAUUUAUAUAUUUCGGAUUCGGUCCUGAAUUCAUUUAAUGGAAUCAAAAAUGACUGUUUAGUUUUUUUGCCAUCCCUCGUAAAGUGUGCUGUGUUUGGUCAAAAUGAAAUUCAAUUAUUACAUUAUUUGUUUGAACGUUAAUGGAUUAAACGAUACAUAACGCAUUCAUUGACCUCUCGAAAUAGUUCGGGCUCAUGUAAUUUCGAAGACGAAACGGGUUUUGUGUGCGCUGCUCAACGGCACUUCGAUUUCCGGAAAUCAUUUCCAGAAAAUUCCGAAUAGUCACGAACGCGAAUCUUGCUCUUAUGUGCUGCUGUUAUGUCGUGCAUAUUGUUUUUGUGCAUUCUGGUUUUGUUUGUAUGCU